AACACUGGAGGCGACGCCCCGAACACGUCAAUGUUCACGGAGAAUGUGACGUCAUCGCGUCAGAGGAACGUCUUCGCUUAGAUCCCAAGUCCCUUUAGUAAAGCGGUAGGCAGACGCCUUUAGCCACGGAUCGUUGUACCCAGGCUCGGUGGCGGCCCCUGCACCGCUCCCAGGGGGGCGUUGCCUCCCGUAGGCCGCUGAGGACGGGCGGGGCAGCAAAUGGUUGGGCCGGAGGAUGCCGGACAAGGUGCGGGGUAUCGCUGUGCAGAGGAGCGGCAUGGACUGACAGACGGUGCAGACGAGGAAGAGGGAGACGGUGGGGACAGGCAGCUGUAUAUCAGCAGGCAGGCCAUGAAAAUGACCAACGGGGACGUGAAGUACAUACCCAACAUACCCAAGGGAGGAGCAGGGGAAGGGGAGAUGCCCAGAGCAGAGGCAGCGGAUUUACAUUCUCUCUCCAUCCAGGAGGAUGUGAAUCAGCCCAAUGGAGGAUUAUUAGUGGGAGAAGGUACCAGCAGACCCCAGGGAUGCGCAUGUCACCGCCAGUGCUGCAGCCUGACUGAUACCGUCUCGUCACCGGAGACUCCGCCCGGCAGCUCCCCCAUGUCCAGCUCCAGCUCAUCCCCUGUCAGCGCUCGCACCGUAACCGGUUACUUCGUAUCGGAGGAGGCCGAUCGCUUCCGCUUCCUGGACGUGAGUCGCCAGAGCUCUCGCAACACGUUCGAGGGGAGCCGGCGGCAGAGCGCCCCCGAUCAUCUGGCUGAUGGGCUCUCCCUCCCAGCGGAGAGUCCCGGGACGGAGGAGCAGGAUGGGGACAGACCCUGGAAGACUGGAAUUGCCCAAUUCUUCUCUAGGAAUUUCUUUUCUAAAAGAACAAAAGACCUUAAAUCCUCAUCAAGUGUCCCUGGUUGGAAGUUGUUUGGUAAAGUACCUCCGAGAGAAACUGUUCAGAAGGACUCAAAGAUAAUUCAGCAGGAUGACAGUUCUGGCAGCUUAUCGUCAGUCUCCACGCCAAAUCUAUUAAACACAGGGGAAUAUGAAGCUCGAACCGGAAGAACCUGUAAAAUGCCAUCUCAGUCUACCAGGAGGAAGAAAUUUGAAUUUGAACCACUUUCUACCACUGCUCUUAUAUUGGAAGACCGGCCCUCAAAUCUUCCUGCUAAAUCAGCCCAUGAAACUUUGCGACACAGGCAAGAAUAUGACGAAAUGGUAGCAGAAGCAAAAAAACGUGAGGUAAAAGAGGCGCAGAGGAGGAAGAAACUAGUGAAAGAACGAAUCAGGCAAGAAGAAAAUAUUGCAAGCGCCAUGGUGAUUUGGAACACUGACAUUUUGCCAAACUGGGAUGUCAUGAGAAGUACAAGAAGAGUCCGAGAUCUCUGGUGGCAAGGAUUACCACCUAGUGUGCGGGGGAAAGUAUGGAGCCUUGCCAUAGGAAAUGAACUCAAUAUCACUCCUGAACUCUAUGAAAUCUUUCUCUCAAGAGCAAAGGAGCGAUGGAAAAGUUUCAGUGAGACAAACUCAGAAAAUGAAAAUGAAGAUGCAGGAGUGUCGCUUGCUGACAGAGAAGCCAGUCUGGAACUAAUUAAGCUGGACAUAUCCCGAACAUUCCCUUCACUGUACAUCUUCCAAAAGGGUGGGCCUUACCAUGACUUGUUACACAGUAUAUUGGGUGCAUACACAUGCUAUAGACCAGAUGUUGGCUAUGUCCAGGGCAUGUCUUUCAUAGCAGCAGUACUUAUUCUCAACUUAGAAGAAGCGGAUGCAUUCAUAGCUUUUGCCAAUCUUCUAAACAAGCCGUGCCAGCUGGCCUUCUUCCGGGUGGAUCACAGCAUGAUGCUAAAAUAUUUUGCUGCCUUUGAAGUAUUUUUUGAGGAAAAUCUUCCCAAACUCUUCUUUCACUUCAAUGCCUACAGUCUAACUCCAGACCUGUAUCUUAUAGACUGGAUUUUCACUCUGUACAGCAAGUCACUGCCACUUGAUCUUGCCUGCAGAGUCUGGGACGUCUUCUGCAGGGACGGAGAAGAGUUUUUGUUUCGGACGGCUCUGGGUAUCCUCCGACUGUAUGAAGAUAUACUCUUACAGAUGGACUUCAUUCACAUAGCACAGUUUCUCACUAAACUCCCUGAAGAUAUCACAUCAGAAAAACUGUUUGGUUGUAUAGCAGUUAUUCAGAUGCAAAACAGUAAUAAGAAAUGGACUCAGGUUUUCACAUCACUAAUGAAGGAUUACAAAGAGGGAGACAAAACUAGUCAAGCCUUGAAAACCUAACCAGGGCUCGUCCUUUUACUUUGUGAAACCACUGAAGAAUAUGGAGUAUAUCUUCUGGCUGAAAACCACUACAGACCAAUAUGAUCUGAGAAGUGCAGGACACUACAUAUUGGCUUCAUGCAGUGGAACACACACAUAGACUUUCCUUUUUGUCAGUAUUUAGUAGACAGUAAGACAUGUUAUUGGUUGCAUUCUAUUCCGAUGGGCGUUCUGUUCUAAAGGAUCAUAUUUAAUAUAAUAGAAAUAUUUAAUGCAAUAAACCUUUGUAACAGACCUUUUACUUGGUACACUAUGUUUGGACUAAGGUUUGAAGCUCAUCAAUUUUAAACUUUUAUUUGCACUUCCCCCCACCAAAUUUUUAUUAGUUUUAGUAAAAUGAAUAUAAUCGGAACCAGUCAAGUGCAGACCCGACCAUACUAAUAUAUUUUUAUUAUUCUUCUUUGCUCUAAAAGUUCAGAUCUGUUUUGGACCAAACAGGCAGUUACAAAUCUAAUUAUGCACAUAACGACAGAACCGCAGGGUCCCAUGUUAACUAAAUGAGAAGCCAGCAAACAUAGGGAGUAUGAGAAGAGAAAGCAGCUGCUUACCACUGUGAAUCCAGCCAAACGCUGGCUCAUUUCUCUGUCCUUUCCAAAAGGUGCAUUUAAUCCCUUUCUCAUGGACACCUCAGGUAGGUAAUGUUUACCUCUGAAUGGCCACUUGAUGGAGCACUUUUUUUUGUAUUCUUUGAGGGCCCACACAAAUUGUGAAUGAUGCAUAUGUAUUAUAAGAAUGUGUAUUUACAAGAAGACACUAUGAUUGUUAGUAAGGAAGGUGACUACAAAAUGUUAUCAACAUUCCGUGCUAAACGCUGAUCUCUUUGUGAAUGUGACCUGGCUUACGUUAUAUAAUUUUGUUUGGGACUAAUUUGACACUGUAGGAUUAAGUUACAAUACAAGGGCAACAUUUUUAUACAAACCACCAUAUUUUUUAACUACAAUGCAAAGUUAAUUCCCAAUUGUACGGCUUUUGUGCCUGCAUUCUAAUUGAUAGAGCAACUUAAAGCUAAUGUGUUCUGUAGUGUAAGUGCACUGGCACAGUGUCAGCCUGUGUGUAUGCAGAGUAGAUUUUGGGGCAAAAAUGCCUACUUUUGGGUUUCUGCACAGAAAUCUGUUCUGUGUGCACUCAAGCCAAUGCCAUGCCUAUCGUUGCACUUACACCAUAAAGCACACGUGAGAGAUCGGCUUUUUCCCCUCCUGCAUUUAUACACGGGCAACGUAAGAAGUAAAGGGUAAAAAGCAGCAGUAAAUUUGGGGGAAAUGGAUUAAAAUUCAAAAUUCGAUUUUCGAGAAAAUCGUACACCAAAAAAAAACAUCAAUAUGUUCGAGUUUGCAUUUUACUAACUAAAUUUAGGAUUAUUUAUCAGACAU